AUGCAGAGGACAAUGGCUCCUCUGCCAGCAACGCCCCGCCGACCUGCAUCCUCCAGAAUACGUACAGCUCGACCGCGAUCAGUUGGCGCGGCCCCGUCUGACAAAUCCAUCCCUGCGAACGUCGCCUCUGAACCACCUCUGAAAAGACGAAAGUACAUUCCGGGUGGCCCUGGAGGUGGAGGCAGAUACGUUGAUGAUCAGGGGAACGAGGUACCAGUAGGUGGCACUGGACCAGGAGGAUACAACUACGUUGGACCACGAGGACGAAUUGGUCGAGAGAACGCUGCCAUGGGUCUGAUACCUGAGGUAUAUAAUCGACGAGAUCGAAGUACGCGAACACGAACAGUCCUCCCGAGAUCGCAGCAGCCCCCUAUGAGAUUUACCUCUGCAGCUCAGGCCGCUGCUGUAGUACAGAGUGAUGGCUACAAACCACGAGAAGAACGCGCGUGGGAAGAAUUUCACCCCAAUCUUGAUAUCGAUGCCUCACUGCGCGCCUUCAGCGCCCACGAGGUUGAAGGAAUACUGGAUUCAAGGCCAGUCACGCCUGGAACAGGCGAGACAUCUGCGAAUGGUCUCCGGACACCCAACGGUGUUCUCGACUCAAAGGCUAAGAGUGACGGCAUACCCACACCUGUUGGUUCUAUUAAUGGGGAGGUUUUGACUAUCAGCAUCCCUGGAACACCAGGUGGUGGGAAGAGAAGACCGGGGCGACCUCCAAAGGACCCCGUCGCAUUCUUUACGGCGAAAGCAAUGAAGGAACUUGGUGCAACCAACGUCAUCGUCGCCCCUGCGCUGUCUCUGCCAAAGACACCCAAGGCGAUGCCACCAGUGACCAACAUAAAUGCGAAGGAGAGGUUGACUUUGCCGCAACCAUCAUACCGAAAAACCGACACCCUGGCUCGAUUCGAAGAUAAGGCUCUUGGGCUCGUACGAUACGUGGACAAAUCCAUGGCAAAUGUUGGCUAUCAGGAGAGUGACAUAUUUGUUCGCCCAGAGCGAACCCUCAUUAAAGUCUCUGAUGGAAAUCUGGACGAAGAAAUAGACCUAGGACCUGGGCAUAAGAGCGAUGCGGAAGGCAUAUUUCCUACAGGAACUGGUACUGUGGGUCGUGUAGAAUAUGAUAUGGACGAGCAGGAUGAUAAGUGGCUGGAAGCCUAUAACGCGGAGCGCAAAUCAUCGAGUUGGGAGCCGAUCACCCGAGAAAUCUUCGAGAUCACCAUCACUAAGAUCGAAAAAGAAUGGCACGCGCUAGAGAAGCGUAUACCAAAGCCAAAUCCAAAACCACCACAGACACACAGGCCUAGAUCGAGUUCAGCUGCGGCAGUGAACGGUGAGCCGCAAGCUGGAGAGGAGCAGGACAGUAAAUGUGCCAUUUGUGAUGAUGGAGAUUGUGAAAAUACCAAUGCCAUUGUCUUUUGUGAUGGUUGUGAUUUGGCGGUACAUCAGGAGUGUUACGGUGUCCCAUUUAUACCCGAAGGCCAGUGGCUUUGUCGGAAAUGUCAACUAAUUGGCCGUGGCAUCCCCACCUGCAUUUUUUGCCCGAACACAGACGGAGCUUUUAAACAAACAAACGCUUCAAAAUGGGCACAUCUGCUCUGCGCUAUGUGGAUUCCGGAAGUAUCACUUGGCAACCAUACAUUUAUGGAACCGGUAAUGGAAGUGGAGAAGGUCCCAAAGACUCGAUGGAAAUUGAGUUGUUACCUUUGUCAUCAACGCAUGGGUGCUUGCAUCCAGUGUGGGAACAAGUCGUGCUACCAAGCGUUCCAUGUCACAUGUGCCAGGAGAGCUCGCUUGUUUCUGAAGAUGAAAAACAACCAUGGCACGCUUGCAGUUCUCGAUGGUACUACUGUCCUGAAGGCUUUCUGCGACAAACAUUGCCCUUCGGACUACGCUAAGGAGAAUGAUGUUACGCGAGCGACUCGAGAAGCUAGGAACUUUUACAAGAAAACUAUGCGUGGUCGCUUAUGGGCAGACAGCCAGGCGUCGGCACUGGCAAUGGCAGCAACGCAUCGGCACGCCGUCACCGAACAUCAACCAGAUGAGUCACAGCUCACAGGUGCUAAGUUUGCUUUAGCUCUCGCUGAUGGUAAGAAGAAAGGGGUCCAACCGCAGAAGCCGGUAUGGAAACUCCCUUCUGGCGCGCCCGUCAUCCCACGCUAUAGCUUCGAUAUUGUUGAAAAAUCCCUUCAGCGCUUCAACAUCCACAAGCGAAAGGAAUACACAGCGGAUGCAUGUAGGUACUGGACACUUAAACGCGAGGCACGACGAGGUGCAGCUUUACUCAAGCGACUACAACUACAGAUGGAAACAUUUUCUUCCAUGGAAAUCACUCGCAGAAACUUCGCUGGAAUGGGUCCUGCUGGCAGAACAAGACUCAAUCGUCGAAUCGAGUUCGCUCAGACUCUAAUCCAAGAUCUGGAAAAAUUGAAAUCCCUGUCGGAUGACAUCGUGAUGCGAGAAGUAGAGAAGUUUAAAGCGGUGGCGCUUGAAGAGGACCUUGUAGAUUCGGUCUACUUCCCUGUAGCAAGGAUGCUGCCCAAAGUCCUUGACAAAUCACUUACGCUUGAUAUCAGAUCUAUAUUCACAGAUGGGUUAUUGAGGCUGAAAGCGAAGGUCGAUAGUCGAUUUUAUACUACAGCAAUGUCCUUUGCGCACGACUUCAGCGAGAUCUUUCGAUAUGGAAUUCUAUCCGAGCCUCCCGUCAAGCCUGAGACGGCAGUUUCAAGGGAACUUGAGAAAGGAUCCACGAUCAAAAAAACACCUCUUGACAUCAAAGAACGGCGUCGACUUGGAAAGCGAAUCAUCAAAGCCAUCCAACCACAGUUAGAAGCGGCUGUGAAAUCGGAAGCUGAAAUCAGUGGCAAGCCCGUCGACAGACAUUUGAAGGAUCUCAUGGAGCUACUCGACUCUAGCUAUUCUGCCGGCCAGGAUUCAAUUUCGGUAUCUCUUGGUGAUGCAGGUUCUGUAGGAGAACGAGAUCUUGAUAUCGAUCAAGAUACCCAAGCGCGACCGGAUGGAAGCGACGUCAAAACUGCUGGAGCACAUCGGUCCUCAGCUGUUUCUGAAGACGUAGACAUGUUAGACGCACCGGGCGAGGUAGAUGAGAGCAUUAAUAUCGCCCUGCCAUCUGGAGAUGAUACCAUUAAUACAGAUACUGCACCCCCUGAGGCUGACUCGAAUGCUUCGAAAAAGAAAUUUCACGCAAAUGGCAUCAAGAGUUCAGACACACCUCCAGACACAAAUGGAUAUGUCUCAGCUCAAGAUAUCAUGCAACCCGCACCACCAACACCACCUACCUCAAAUGGCGAUACAACCACCGAUCAGGCGGACAUAUUGGCAAACGGCGGAAUUCCAUAUUAUCUGAAGGAUUUCCAACCAGAAGGCACAAGUCUUCUGCAAGGAGCAGAUGUCAUGUCGAGUGUCAGCGAGGAACUCAGUGAAAUGGAUGAUGAGGAGCUAAAAGGUCUCGGGGCUGACUUCAAAACCGGCCCAACCGAGAUUAUUGGCAGUGUCAUUACUGCUAGUCCGUCAAAGGCGAAGAAAGGGAAGGCAAAGAAGAAAGCCCGGAGGCGUUGA